AUGAUUCGUGAGUGUUUGGAUUUGAGAAAUAGUUAUGUUUAUGCGGAAAACGUUGCUCCAUGGACGAAGCAAGCUGUGGAAGAAUCUACUGCAUCAGGGGAGAAUACUAAUCUCUUAGAACCUUCUUUUGGACUUGUGUUAUUAACUAAAUUCCGCCUUCAUCUGUUUAUAAAUGCAGAUAGGAAAUCCUUGGUUCAGAAGAGUGCACCUCACCGUGAUUUCAACAAUAUCAGAAAAAAGAAUCUCUUGCGUUUCAUCAAGUCAAAACUUAGAAAAGAACCAGAUGAGAUUGUUAUAUUCAGAGAUGGAAAAUACGUGACACUAAAAGAAAUUUUUGAGAGUCUACCACGACUUUACAAUGUGUACAAGCAAAUUGGAACAGUUAAUUCUUUCCAGACUAUUCUUGAUAAUGUUUUCAUCCCACUAUUUGAAGUUACAAUCAAUCCGAGCUCUCAUCCUCAACUACAUGUUUUUCUAAUGCAGGUUGUGGGAUUAGAUAUUGUCGAUGAUGAAAGCAGACCACAAAGGCGUCCAACUAAACACAUGCCAAAGCCAGCUGAGUGGACCAAUGAGUUCAAUCCAGCAUAUUCCUAUUAUGCAUAUUACUGUUAUGGAAACUUGUAUACUCUUCUCAAGGCUGCUGAUAUGGACCAUUUGGCUGCUGCAUUCCUUCUAUGCAAUAAUAGAUCUCAUGGGCGUGGCUUGAAUGGUUCUCUCUCAACUGACCACCCUUUGCAAAUUCAUUUAACAAAAGAACCGCUGGUGGAAGAGUACAGUGUUGCAGCAAAGGUGCGGAAGCUCAGUGCUUGUGACCUAUGUGAGAUAGUCAGAAAUUCUGUUUAUCAAUCUGGAUUUUCCCAUGUGGCAAAGUUGCAUUGGCUUGGUAGCAAAUAUUUUCUGAGGGGCCCAGAAGGAAACAACAUUCACAAGACAAAUGUACCCAAUAUAAGGAUUGGCUUUCGACACGAGACAUGGAAAGAGGAGAUGCAGUAUGUUUUCCUGGGGAUGGCGAAAUUUCCUGAAGAAAUAGAAUUCUGA